GGCUCAAGGGGCGCUGCCGUUGGAUGAACUUGGCUAGCGCUUAGUCGGUUACAUUCCAGCGCCAUGUCGAUUAUCUCCGCAAUGAUGAUGGCUUCGAAUAUGGCCUGGGCCACAACCGGCUCUGCCACUACGAUUACAGUGCCAACGGACUUCGUCUGGCAGCCACCAAACCAUGCUUUCGACAAUGCAACGUGCGAAGGAAUGGCCCUCGGAGCUCAUCCUAGCCUCCCCUCCCAUUUGGAGUGUGGACAGCACUGCGACAACUGGAUUAAGAUACGCAGCACCGUGAAGGUAUCAGUGGCCGCAAAAGCGGUGGACCUAGCAAUGGAUGUCAUGGAAAUCCCGUUUGGACUGCUGACCAGCGGCAAGCUCAACGCUAUGAUGCUUAACGCCUUAGGCAUAGGAGGAAAAGGACAGAUGGGAGGGGCGAUCCUGUCGCGCAGUGCGAUCUCAACGUUUCUGAUUGUAUCCUUAAUUGGUGACAUCGGGGUUGUAGCCUUCAGAAUGACAUACUUGUAUUCAACGGCCGGGUUCGCGGAAUUGUUCGUCGACGCAAACUGUUUUGAACACGGCACAGGAAGCCAGCAUAUGACGUACAUCAAGGAUAAUUUGGCUGGUGCUUGGCAAAACGGUUUGGGCCUCACGCAGCUAGGAUGUGGUUUGUGCGGCUUUGUGCUCAUGAGUGUUUCCGCGUGCUUGGGUGAAAAGUUCGUAGAUGCAAAGGCCUGUAUACGUUGGUUGGCCGUCGCCUUCUCAAUUUGCUGUCUGGUGUCCGACAUCGCUGAUUUCGUGCUGAACACUUUGGUGAUAUCGGGAAUGAUUCAAGACAUUGAGGCAGCUAUAUUAGGCGACGGGAGUUUUGCAGACGGCAGCAAUGUGGUCAUUCAUUGGAGGGACCCCAAGGAGCCUGAAGCGUUAUUCAGCUUGUGGUGGGCCGUUAUUUUUGCCGCCUUGGGCUCAAUUUCAAUUUUCUGCGCGUCCCGUUUGAUUUCCUUCUGCUGCUGCAGUCGGAGCGUGCACAAGCGGAUUCUACACGCUAGCCUCGUGGCGAUGAGGCAGGAAAGAGAAAGCAUGGUCGGCGUCAACAAGUGGCCGCUCGAGAAUUGUCUUUUGCGCGGGUUUUUUCAGGAUAAUCCACAUUUCGGGAGCAGGAUCGAGUGCGAGUACCGCAUGUAUUUUUACCCCAACGGGUCCAUGGACGGCUAUAUGGAAAGCCAGUGGGGCAUCCCCGAGGGAUGUCCCGAAGUGGUUAAUGGCAAGGUGCAUUGCCCAGCCGGUAGCUCAAAAGGCCGCAUCGCGUGGUUAGAGAUUCAUUGGGAUGUUCAAAUAGAGUUCGAGGGCAGCAUCGUCAAGCAUGAUUCGGAGCCUGUAGUGUUUAGUGUUGUUGGGAACUACAGGUCCAACGGAUUUGAAAACGGAGAAAUGGUAGGUCACAUCGAAAUGAAAGGAAGCAACCGGCAGAAACGCAGAAACACUGAGUGAAACGGGGCGUGCCGGACGGACUUCUUGCGGAACUAUGUUGCCUGAGGCCCCCGAGGAGCGGUGCCGGGGGGACCGGCUGGCCCUCGUGGCCACGACCCGUCGCUGCCCAGCCGUCCUACGCCUGCUCGCUCACCUCACAGUGGCGCCGGGGGGUGCCACAGUGCAUCAAUGCAUGUAUGUACAUUAUAUCUCGUAACGUUAACGACUAUCUACCAGAAAAUUCGUGGCAUCCCUGACUUGCGGCAGCCCGGUAUUCCUCGUGGCCUGGCAGCGCCUUUUGGCUGCCACCGUUUAAAACCCGCUGUUCUGCCGGGCCUUCAUUUUCCAGCUGGCAUGAUCCCGAGGCAAAGUGUUGUGCUGCUGCGUUGUCUUGUGGCUCUUCUCAUUGUCGUUCCAGCCCCAGGCUUCACUCGAGCCUCGGGGCAGACUCUGCGUGUGACUGCGGCGACCGUGGUCCGGAUGUCUUUCAUGAUAGUUGACGCGUGUUACUCAAUGAUGGCCAUGCGCGUUUUUUCAUCGCCUCCCCCUUCCAAAAAUCAUGGGGCCCGACAUAUCCGCCGAUGCGACGCAACGAUGAACGACAUUUGGAUUUCCAGUUUUCCAGGGCCCAGCCCUGGAUAUGUAUAGAUUUUCUGGCCCGAUGACUUGCGGCAGCCCGGCAUUCCUCGUGGCCUGGCAGCGCCUUUUGGCUGCCGCCGUUUAAAUCCCGCUGUUCUGCCGGGCCUUCAUUUUCCAGCUGGCAUGAUCCCGAGGCAAAGGGGUCGGCGGAUCGUCGUUCCAGCCCCGGGCUUCACUCGAGCCUCGGGGCAGACUCUGCGUGUGACUGCGGCGACCGUGGUCCGGAUGUCUUUCAUGAUAGUUGACGCGUGUUAUUCAAUGAUGGCCAUGCGCGUCUUUUCAUCGCCUCCCCCCUUCC